AGGAGAGGGGACACUUCCUCUUUUGAAUGUUAUGUUUAAAACACAUACUCUCUACUAUUGUGCUGAAUUUUUGGUCAUCUUAUCAAAAACAACCUUCUUUUAAGAAAAACAACCAACAAAAAAAUGUUUCUUUUAAAGUUGCUGGGACAACGUUCUACUUCCUCAUCAUGAGGCGAUGUUUACGCUCGACUUCUCUGUCAAGUUUUACUUGUUUCUGGGCUGGUAGCAGAUUUACGGACAGGUUACACUUGUACAUUCAGAAGUAAACAACCAUGGUGACACUCGAACCCAGGAUUAAACCUGGAGUGAUUUCUCCCUAAACUUUAAAUCUACCUUCUAGUGCAGUUUGAUGUUGUGAGACAGACUACAGUUCUUCGAGAACAUACACCAGUGUCGGCUCUGUUAUGGAUCAGAGUGAGGACAGAGAGGAGGGACUCUCUGCCUCUAAACCAGAUCCAUGUGAGGAAUAUGACGACCAAACCAGAGCUCACAGGCCAGAGAAAGAGGAGAGGACGGACUCUCCUCCACCCAGCUGUGUGUCCAUGAAGAGUGACUGGUCCAUGGGGCUACCACUUCAUUUUAAAGGACAACAUUCUUCUGCAACUAAGCCAGAAAAACAGGAGAGGACAGACUCCUCUCCACCCAGCUGUGUGUCCAUGAAGAGUGACUGGUCCAUGGGGCUACCACUUGAUUUUAAAGGACAAUGUUCUUCUGAAACUAAGCCAGAGAAAGGGGAGAGCACGGACUCUCCUCCACCCAGCUGUGUGUCCAUGAAGAGUGACUGGUCCAUGGGGCUACCACUUCAUUUUAAAGGACAACGUUCCUCUGAAACAAAAGUUCAGGAGUAUUCAGAAGAUCCCAAACUGGAGCAGUCAACAAACCUGGACUCUAUAUUUAUGAUACUCAAAGACAACAUUGUGAACUUUGUGAUGGAUGAGUUGAAGAAUUUCCAGCAUCUUCUGAGUCAGGAUCCAGAAACAUUAAAGAGCCAGAAGAAAACUGAGGAGGUGGAUGCUGAAGAUAAAGUGCAGAAGAGAAAAUUCACAGAGGCUGUGCUGAACAUCACUCUGCACUACAUGAGGAAAAUAAAGCAAGAGGAGCUGGCUGACCGUCUGUUGAAUAGAACAUCUUCUGGACUGUGUCAACGUAAACUCAAAUCACAUCGAAAGAAGAAGUUCCGGUGUGUGUUUGAGGGGAUUGCUAAAGCAGGAAACCCAUCUGUUCUGAAUCAGAUCUACACAGAACUUUACAUCACAGAGGGAGAAUCCUCAGAGGUCAAUGAUGAACAUGAGGUCAGACAGAUUGAAGCAGCUUCCAGGAAAACAGAUGAACUGGAAAAAAAAAUCAAAUGUGAAAACAUCUUUAAAGCAGAGAUGACAGCUUGUAGGAAUGAACCAAUCAGAACAGUGAUGACAAAGGGAGUGGCUGGCAUUGGGAAAACAGUCUUAACACAGAAGUUCACUCUGGACUGGGCUGAAGACAAAGCCAACCAGGACAUCCACUUCAUUUUUCCAUUCACUUUCAGAGAGCUGAAUGUGGUGAAAAAGAGAAACUUCAGCUUGGUGGAACUUGUUCAUCACUUCUUCACUGAAACCAAAGAAAUCUGCAGCUUUGAAGAGUUCCAGGUUGUGUUCAUCUUUGAUGGUCUGGAUGAGUGUCGACCUCCUCUGGACUUCCACAACACUGAGAUCCUGACUGAUGUUACAGAGUCCACCUCAGUGGAUGUGCUGCUGACAAACCUCAUCAGGGGGAAACUGCUUCCCUCUGCUCGCCUCUGGAUAACCACACGACCUGCAGCAGCCAAUCAGAUCCCUCCUGAGUGUGUUGACAUGGUGACAGAGGUCAGAGGGUUCACCGACCCCCAGAAGGAGGAGUACUUCAGGAAGAGGUUCAGAGAUGAGGAGCAGGCCAGCAGCAUCAUCUCCCACAUCAAGACAUCACGAAGCCUCCACAUCAUGUGUCACAUCCCAGUCUUCUGCUGGAUCGCUGCUACAGUUCUGGAGGAUGAGUUGAAAACCAGAGAGAGAGGAGAGCUGCCCAAGACCCUGACUGAGAUGUACAUCCACUUCCUGGUGGUUCAGACAAAAGAGAAGAAGGUCAAGUACGAUGGAGGAGCUGAGACAGAUCUACACUGGAGUCCAGAGACCAGGAAGAUGAUUGAGUCUCUGGGAAAACUGGCUUUUGAUCAGCUGCAGAAAGGAAACCUGAUCUUCUAUGAAUCAGACCUGACAGAGUGUGGCAUCGAUAUCAGAGCAGCCUCAGUUUACUCAGGAGUGUUUACACAGUUCUUUAAAGAGGAGAGAGGACUGUACCAGGGCAAAGUGUUCUGCUUCGCCCAUCUGAGUGUUCAGGAAUUUCUGGCUGCUCUUCAUGUCCACAUGACAUUCAUUAAUCAUGGUGUCAAUCUAUGGUUUGACAAACUUGACCUGGAUCAUCUCCACCAAUGUGCUGUGGUCAAGGCCUUACGGAGUCCAAAUGGACACCUGGAUCUGUUCCUGCGCUUCCUCCUGGGUCUUUCAGUCCAAACCAGUCAGAAUCUUCUACAUGGCCUGGUGAAAGAGAGAGGAAACAGACAAAACACCACCAUAAACACAGCGAAGUACAUCAAAAAGAAGAUCAGUGAGGAUCUUCCUACAGAGAGAAGUCUUAAUCUUUUCCACUGUCUGAAUGAACUGAAGGAUGAAUCACUAACCGACGAGGUCCAAUGUUUAAUGAGUUCAGGAAGACUCUCAGUAAAGAAGCUCUCACCUGCUCAGUGGUCAGCUCUGGUCUUCACAUUACUGUCAUCAGAAAAAGAUCUGGAUGAGUUUGACUUCAAGAAAUUUUUUCCUUCAAAUGAUGUUCUCCUCAGGAUGCUGCAAGUCAUCAAAUCCUCCAGAAGGGCUGUGUUGAGUGGUUGUAAUCUGUCAAAGAAAAGCUGUGGAGCUCUGGCCUUAGUGCUCAGCUCCCAGUCCUCUUGUCUGAGAGAGUUGGACCUGAGUGAUAACGACCUGAAGGAUUCAGGAGUGAAGCUUCUUUGUGAUGGACUGAAGAGUCCACACUGUCUACUGGAAACUCUCAGGUUAUCAGGUUGUCAGGUCACUAAGGAGGGCUGUUCUUUUCUGGCCUCGGCUCUGACCUCUAACCCCUCUCAUCUGAGAGAACUGGACCUGAGCUACAAUCAUCUAGGAGACUCAGGAGUGAAGCUGCUGUCUGAUAUAAAAGAGAAUCCACACUGGAGACUGGACACACUCAGGUUGAGUGAUUGUAAUCUGUCAAAGAAAAGCUGUGGAGCUCUGGCCUCAGUUCUCAGCUCCCAGUCCUCUUGUCUGAGAGAGUUGGACCUGAGUGAUAAUGACCUGAAGGAUUCAGGAGUGAAGCUUCUUUCUGAUGGACUGAAGAGUCCACACUGUCUACUGGAAACUCUCAGUUUGUCAGGUUGUCAGGUCACUGAGGAGGGCUGUUCUUUUCUGGCCUCGGCUCUGACCUCUAACCCCUCCCAUCUGAGAGAACUGGACCUGAGCUACAAUCAUCUAGGAGACUCAGGAGUGAAGCUGCUGUUUGAUAUAAAAGAGAAUCCACACUGGAGACUGGACACACUCAGGUUGAGUGAUUGUAACCUGUCAGAGAGAAGCUGUGAAGCUCUGGCCUCAGUUCUCAGCUCCCAGUCCUCUUGUCUGAGAGAGUUGGACCUGAGUGGUAACGACAUGAAGGAUUCAGGAGUGGAGAAUCUUUCUGAUGGACUGAAGAGUCCAAACUGUCUACUGGAAACUCUCAGUUUGUCAGGUUGUCAGGUCACUAAGGAGGGCUGUUAUUUUCUGGCCUCGGCUCUGACCUCUAACCCCUCACAUCUGAGAGAACUGGACAUGAGCUACAAUCAUCUAGGAGACUCAGGAGUGAAGCUGCUGUCUGAUAUAAAAGAGAAUCCAGACUGGAGACUGGACACACUCAAGGUGGACCAUGGUGGAGAGCAGAGAAUGAAACCUGGUCUGAGAAAGUAUGCUCAUAAACUCACUCUGGAUCCAAACACAGCAAACUGGUACCUCCUGCUGUCUAAUAACAACACAAAGGCAGAGGUACUAAAAGAGAGGCAGCCAUAUGAUCCUUCUCCAGAGAGAUUUGACGUCUGUCAGGUUCUGUGUACGGAUGCAGUGACUGAUCGCUGUUACUGGGAGGUUGAGUGGGAAGGAGACGUCCUGAUAGCAGUGACUUAUAAAACAAUCAGAAGGAGAGGAAAUGAUGAAGACUGUCGGUUUGGGAACAACAAUCAGUCCUGGAGUCUGCGGUGCUCUGAGAAGGGUUACUCUGUCUGUCACAAUAAAACAGAAAUUAAGUUUCCAUCUUCAUCCUCCUUUUUAACUAACAGAGUAUCAGUGUAUGUGAACUACUCUGCUGGAACCAUCUCCUUUUAUGAAGUUUUUAAUGACAAACUGCUUCCUCUCCAAACCUUCCACUCCACCUUCACUGAACCUCUCUACCCUGGAUUUGGGUUUGGAAUCAACUCCUCUGUGUCUAUUUGUGAGCUCUAGGCAAAUAUUCACCCUGCUGACUGAAUACAGCUGUUGAGUGAAAAGUUUGAACAUUUAAGCGCUUUGCUUAAGGAACCUCAGCCAUGGAGGUAAAUCAGUUGCCAUCUGGUGAACUCUGAGCAGUAACAGAGCACGUGACCAUUCUCACAAUAGCUCUCAUUACUUGUAUAUACUACUGUUCAAGUUUGUACAUAUCUGCUUCUAUUAUUAUUUCAUUCUAUGUAUAUAUGUUGUACAGUUUUUCUACCCUUUUAUUUGAUGUUUAAGAGGUGUGUCUUGAUUGAAAUAUGCACACAUACUUGACUGAUUCUGAUCUGACCCUGCUGACAUCUUAUCAUAAUAAACAUAUCAGUCUAUAAGAGGGGUUGUACCAACUCUUGUGCCAUGACGCUUUAAGCAUUGUAUCGACUAGUCACUGAUCAUGUGACAAUAACAACAUGGACGCCUCCUACUUUAGUCAGGUGAGGAGUCAGGUGAGGAGUCCAGUGGGUCGUUGGCUUAUCAAUCGGCAUAUAGUCUAUAUGCCAAUCUAUAUUCACUAUAUAUAUCUGUAGUGCACUGUAUUAAUAAGAACAUGUGUUGAUGUUAUGUUUAUGUUAUGUGUUCUAUUAGUUGACAUUCUUGCUGUAGUUGUCUCUUAGCGUGUUUUGUUUUUGUCCUUGAUGUCAGUGAAUGCACCAUGGGAGAGACAGAAGUUAUGGCAGAGCUGAGUUUGCUGAGUGAGAGCCACAGAUUAGAAGUGUCAGACUGACAGUGUUCAAGGUGUUGGUAGUAUCCUGUGUAAAAGACUCGCAGUUUAUUUUGUGAGAGGCUAUAAAAUGUUAUAAGUGAUCAAUUAACUGCUCUUUUCUAUUGUAAAUGCUUUCAUUCACUCCAUUUUGUACUUAUAUCUUUUUGAUGUUAGCCAUGUGUUCUGUGUGCUGUAUACCACUGGGAGAAUUCAAUUAAAUAAUAAAGGUGGAGACUUCAAGUAAA